AACAGUGCAGUGUGGUGAUGCAUUGUUGGCGAUGAGGAGGGUUGCUUCUAGCACCACGGUGAUACGAUUAACAGGAGAGGAUGGAGGCAGCCGACGUCCUGGGAGCGCUGCAUGCUGGGAACGCCACGGUUCCGGGAGGCAGAGACCUGGAGGGCCGCCCAUUGUUGGUGGUACCAGUACCGUCUGAGACGCAGUUCUGGAACAAGGAUCACUUGGACACUGUCCUCAGAUACUUUAUCUUUAUAUUCAGUGCCGAAACUCGCCGCAACGGGCUUACUUUGGUACUGGACGCGACGCGAAGCGCCUGGCGCAUGGCGCGUGCCUGCAUAAGGCAGGUGGAAGUCACGAUGGGCGCAGACGCAGCCGCCAUCUUUGUGCUCAGGCCGGAGGCAUUCUGGGACAAACAACGGGUGGAUAACUGCGCACGCACGCAGAAGGAGGGAGAGCCGGUGUACAUUCCACUUUGUAGACUCCAUAAGUACAUCGACAUGUCUCAGGUUCCAGAAGACCUAGGAGGCACCUGGCCGUAUAACCACAAUCAGUGGAUACAGAACCGCAUUGUAUGUGAGCUGCUGCAUGUGGAAGCAUUCAUAAAGGAGGCUGAGGGAGUGGUCUCAGACCUGGAAAAACUGCGACAGCAACUCACAAGGUUCCAUGCUGGGGUGCGAGUCAGCAGUGUGGAAGAGGCACUCAGCUUCAACCGAGAGAUGUUUGAUACCACAAAGGACCUAACCCACAAGGUCCUGGAGGCAGGCAAAGAGUUGCUCCAGCAGAUUGUGGCUGAUGAAGACCACAGGCAAAGGAAAGAGGUCCUGACACCACAAGAUGUUCUAGAUACAAAGGACAGGGUGAAGCGCCUGCUAGAAAUCAUACAUGGCAAGGAAGCGCUGACUGAGGAGGCCUGGCUGGACAUGGAGAAGAGUUUUGUGGAUGCCAAGGAGAUCAGCAGUCUUGAGGAGGGUGUCACCCGGGUCACCAACUGGAUUCUAGGUCCAGCAGAAAUGAUGCUGAAUGAU